AUGUCGCUGCCGCUACGACACGCUUUGGAGAACGUCACUUCUGUUGAUAGAAUUUUAGAAGACUUAUUAGUACGUUUCAUCAUAAAUUGCCCGAAUGAAGAUUUAUCAAGUGUUGAGAGGGAGUUAUUUCAUUUUGAAGAAGCCUCAUGGUUCUACACCGAUUUUAUCAAAUUGAUGAAUCCGACUUUACCCUCCUUAAAGAUUAAAUCAUUUGCUCAAUUGAUUAUAAAACUAUGUCCUCUGGUUUGGAAAUGGGAUAUAAAAGUGGACGAAGCGCUUCAGCAAUUCUCCAAGUACAAGAAGAGUAUACCGGUGAGAGGUGCUGCCAUAUUUAAUGAGAAUCUGAGUAAAAUUUUAUUGGUACAGGGUACCGAAUCGGAUUCUUGGUCAUUCCCAAGGGGUAAGAUAUCAAAAGACGAAAAUGACAUAGACUGUUGCAUUAGAGAAGUCAAAGAAGAAAUUGGUUUUGAUUUGACGGACUAUAUUGACGAAAACCAAUUUAUUGAAAGAAAUAUUCAAGGUAAAAAUUACAAAAUUUUUUUAAUUUCAGGUGUUUCAGAAAUCUUCAACUUUAAACCUCAAGUUAGAAACGAAAUUGAUAAGAUAGAAUGGUUCGAUUUCAAGAAAAUUUCCAAGACGAUGUACAAAUCAAAUAUCAAAUACUAUCUCAUUAAUUCUAUGAUGAGACCUUUAUCAAUGUGGUUAAGGCAUCAGAGACAAAUAAGAAAUGAAGAUCAAUUGAAAUCUUAUGCGGAGGAACAAUUGAAACUGUUAUUGGGUAUCACUAAGGAGGAACAGAUUGAUCCUGGUAGGGAGUUACUAAAUAUGUUACACACUGCAGUUCAAGCAAACAGCAAUAAUGACGUAGCCUCCAAUGGACAGGUACCCUCGAGCCAAGAACUUCAGCACUCGAAAGAGCAAUCAGAAGAACAAAACCAGCAGAAGGGGCCACAGUUACCGUUUUCUCCUCAAAAACAACCUUCAGUAUUUCCUUCUCUUUCAGAACCGUUUGCUAACAACAAGAAUGUCAUACCGCCUACUAUGCCAAUGGCUAACGCAUUCUUGUCAAAUCCUCAAUUGUUUGCAACAAUGAAUGGCCAGCCUUUUGCUCCUUUUCCAUUCAUGCUACCAUUAACCAACAAUAGUAAUGGCGCUAACCCUCUUCCAACACAGGUCCCUCCUAAUUUUAAUGCUCCUCCAAAUCCGAUGGCUUUUGCUGUUCCAAACAUGCACAACCUUUCCGGACCGGCAGUAUCUCAACCGUUUUCUUUACCCGCAGCUCCUUUACCGACCGGAUCUGGUUACAGCAGCUCUUCUCCAGGACAGUUAUUAGAUUUACUAAAUUCAAAAAAGCCUGAAGGUAAUGUACAAUCGAACAAAAAGCCGAAGUUAAAAAUUUUACAAAGAGGAACAGACUUGAACUCAAUCAAACAAAACAAUGUUGAUGAAUCUACCCACUCAAAUUCUCAAGCUUUAUUAGAUUUGUUGAGAAAGCCAACUUUACCCCAGAAAACACACACUUCCACAGUGGAGAGUUCGUUAUUAUCAAAUGACUCUGUGUCUGAUAUACAACAAGCAGAAUAUGAAGAUUUUGAAAGUAGUUCAGACGAAGACAUGGGGACAACGAAAGAUGAAAGAAAUUCAUCGGAUACAGACAUUGAAGUUAACAUCAUUCCAAGCGAAAAAAACAGCCGAACAAGACAAAAAGAAAAGCCAAGAAAUGAUGCGAACAAAUUCAGCCCAAGUGCUCGUGUGGAAUCUAAUAUUAUAGAAUGGAGGCCUAGUAAAUCUUCACCUUCCUCUCAGGGUAAACAGGAUUCAUCAGUUGGAAUCCACAAACCAUAUGGUCAAGAAACGCACAUUAGUGAUAGCGAUGCAUAUGAGGCUUUCGAAAGCAGUUCUGACGAAGAAGAUGGAAAAAAAUUAGAAGAAUUGGAACAAAAUCAAGACAACUCCAAAUUAAUAAGCCAAGAAAUUUUAAAAGAGAAUAAUUUUCAAGAUGGUGAAGUGCCUCAUAGAGAUAUUCCCAGUGACAGCAACAAGUCUAUAAAUGAAACUGCUGGGUUCUCAUCAACAACAAAUACUGUAAAAAAGACACCUAAAGUUAAAAUACUUAAACGUGGUGAAACCUUUGCCAGUUUGGUUAACGAUAAAAAAAAGUUCGAUUCAAGUUCAAAUAUAUCUUCAUCAAAAGAUUUAUUACAAAUGUUAAGAAACCCAGUUUCUUCUACUGUAUCUUCAAAUCAACAAUCACCAAAAUCUCAACAUCUUAGUGGAGAUGAGGAAAUCAUGAUGAUGUUGAAAAGGAAUUCUGUUUCAAAACCUCAAAAUAUCGAGGAUAAUCCAUCAGCUUUUACGAAUAAAAGUGAUGCGAAUGCAGGUGAGCUAUUGGGAAUGCUGAAACAAAAGGACAAGGACAUUGUCUCAUCAAAACAACCUUAUAAUGUUGAUUCAUACAUGGAAAAAAAUCCAGCAAAAGGAUUGUUGAAUAUUUUGAAAAAGAACGACUCUACAGGACAACCUCGCACUGAGGAUAGAUUGUCAAAUGAACUGUCAACGUCGAUGAAAUAUAAUGGGGUUACAGAAAAUCAAGAAUCAAAUAAGAGUUCAACAGGGUUACCAAACUUUUUAAAGCCCAAGCCACUUAAUGACGGAUACGGUAAGACUUCUGAUGAGGACAGUUCUCAUGAAUUACUGAAUAUAUUGCAUGGUAAUAAGAAUGGCAGCACCUUCAAUAGUAGUGUUUAUUCAAGACCAACGGAAAUUUCUACAGCCGGCACAGGUGGAUACUCCAUGAUGCCAAAUAACAACGAGAAUUCAUCAAAUAAAUUACUAAGUAUGCUGCAAAACAGGUCUAGUACUAUAAGUGAGUCAAAUCUCGACGUCCGUUCGAAUGGAACUUCAGGGUCUAAUGAAUUAUUAAGUAUUUUGCAUGGGAAAUGA